AGUUUGUUGCUUAAUGGACCCUCACUCAUUAAUCUUUCUUUGUCCCAUUCAUCCCUCACAACGUCUUUAUUCAUGCUCCAGCUCUUUAGCUUUUUGUUGGAUUCAUCAUCAUUUCGUUUUCAAACUUUAGGGUUCAUCAUUGAAAGUACCAAAUUGGAGCUUGCAUUUCACUGGGUUUUUCCAAGAUUUCUUGAAUAACUGUGGGGUCUGUUUCGUUUCUAGGAAUUGUGAUUAGGUUUGGAUUUCACUGGGUUUUCCAAGAUUUCUUGAAGAAAAAAGAUUCAUAGUCUUGAGUGUUUGGCUACCUGUUUUUGGGGUUUGUUUCAUUUUUUAGGAAUUGUUUAUUGUUCUUCAUCAUUCAGGAGCAAUUAGGUUUUGGAUUUCAUAGAGUUUUCCAAGAUUUCAUUGGUAAGUUCUGAUUUAGGGAUUCUCAUAUCGUUAUUUCUUGAAAUUUGAGAUCUGAAUCUGCUAAUUUCUUGCUCUCUAGGGUUCAUUUCUUGAGGGUUUUUGAUUAUUAAUCUACUUUCAUCAAAACCCAUAUCACUGUUUUCAAAUUCGUGAUCUUAAAAUCAAUUAAUCAUUAUGGGAUCUCGUCAAAAUGUCAUCUUGCCAAAUAAAGAGGGGUUUAUUGGUGUUCUUGAGGUUUUCAUACACCAAGCUAGAGAUAUACACAACAUAUGUAUUUACCAUAAACAAGAUGUUUAUGGCAAGAUUUUCUUGACAAGUGACCCCGAAGCAACCGAGUCAACUCGGACAAUCAAUGGGGGAGGACAGAACCCUGUUUUUAAUGAGAAUCUUAGGAUCAAUGUUCGAAAUGGGGAUUGUUCUCUGAGAUGUGAAAUUUGGAUGCUUAGUAGGGUUAGAAAUUAUCUUGAAGAUCAGCUUUUGGGGUUUUCUAUGGUGCCUUUAUGUGAAAUUCUUGCCGAAAAUGGAAAGUUAGAAAAGGAAUUUGAACUUUCAACUAGCGAACUUUUCCAUUCGCCUUCUGGUUUCGUUAAAUUAAGCAUCACCUACAUUGGAUCGGAGCCAGAUGUGAUGGAGAUACCGGUGGCUCAUCGUUGUGUAUGUGAUCAAGAUUCAGAAGAAUGUGAUCGAGAUUCUCGUGAACUAGAAAAGUUAGAGUUCCCCGAUCCAAAGGUCAUGAACGAAAACGAAAUCAUGGUUUCUGAAUAUUAUUCUAACAAGUAUGGGACCACCGAAACUGAUGAUUCUCUUAGUUCGGAUUCUAACAAUCAUAUAGUUUCAGGAGUUCCUGAAGAAAAUCUUGAAACUACUUCCCUUCCAAACGUUGAAAUCCCGUCAAGAAACAACCCCGAACCAUCAGAGAAGAAAGAAGAGAGAACCCAGAGUGUCGUUGACUCAUUGGCGCAGCCUGGUAUUGGAUUCAAAUCCGAAUCAGAACAAAAAGUGGUGCAGCAAGAGAUUGUGGAUAUGUAUUUGAAAAGCAUGAAGCAGUUCACCGAGGCUUUGGCGAAGAUGAAGCUUCCAAUGGAUACCAGAAGCGACUCACCUGAUAUCGGGGGUAAAAAUGGUACAGAAUCGAACGGAAAAGAGUCAAACGGGGAGGGUCCAAACCCGAAAGUUUUCUAUGGGAGCAGAGCGUUCUUUUGAUCCUGUUAUUUGAUCGGUUCAGCAGACAACGCAGUAAGCUUCAGUGUUUCUGGUGCAUUUUGGUAGUAGAGAUCUAUAAUCUAGAUUAGAAAUAAGUUCCACCGUGUUGUUUUUCUAGCUUUGAUGUAUUCCUAUACGUGUUCUAGACUUCCGGUGUAUGUAUGCAGCUACGGUUAAAUAAAUGGAUUGUUUGCCUUUCGACU